AUGCUGCUCGGCCUGAAAAGGCGAGGGGGGAGCCUGAGGGGAGGCAGAGGAGGCGAGCAAGGCACCAGCCUGCAGCCCGCCCCCGGCACAUCCUCUGAAGCACAGACACUCGGCCGGGCGCUGGGCGAGGUGGAGGUGAGGGCGGGCGCCAGCGAACUCGGAGAGCCGCUCACACACUCGCGGGCGAUCCCAGCCGCCGCACCCGCAGCAACACCAGCAGCACUGGCCGCAGCAGCUUCCUGCCUCGCACUCCCCUCCAGAGACUGGCCGAGCGGGUGUAACCGCCGGGGGAGGCUCCAGCUUAGGGGAACCCAGAAAGGACAAGAGCCGGACGCCUGACUGCUUACCACUCCGCUUGUCCAGCGGUCGGUGCCUCUGCCCGCGUGUGUGUCCCGGGUGCCGGGGGACCUGUGUCAGUUUGCGCUUCUGAGAUCACACAGCUGCCUAGGGGCCGUGUGAUGCCCAGGGCAAUUCUUGGCUUUGAUUUUUAUUAUUAUUACUAUUAUUUUGCGCUUAGCUUUCGGGAAACCCUCGUGAUGUUGUAGGAUAAAGGAAAUGACACUUUGAGGAACUGGAGAGAACGUACACGCGUUUGGGUUUGAAGAGGAAACCGGUCUCCACUUCCCUAGCUUGCUCCCUCUUUGCUGAUUUCAAGAGCUAUCUCCUAGUGAGGUGGAGAUAUUCCAGCAAGAAUAAAGGUGAAGACAGACUGCCAGGACCCAGGAGGAAAACGUUGAUCGUUAGAGACCUUUGCAGAAGACACCACCAGGAAGAAAAUUAGAGAGGAAAAACACAAAGACAUAAUUAUAGGAGAGCCCACAAACCUAGCCCCGGAGAGAGCCUCUCUGUCAAAAAUGGAUAUGUUUCCUCUUACCUGGGUUUUCUUAGCUCUGUACUUUUCAGGACACGAAGUGAGAAGCCAGCAAGAUCCACCCUGCGGAGGUCGGCUGAAUUCCAAAGAUGCUGGCUACAUCACUUCCCCAGGCUACCCCCAGGACUAUCCCUCCCAUCAGAACUGUGAGUGGAUUGUCUACGCCCCCGAACCCAACCAGAAGAUUGUUCUCAACUUCAACCCUCACUUUGAAAUCGAGAAACACGACUGCAAGUAUGACUUCAUUGAGAUUCGGGAUGGGGACAGUGAGUCAGCUGACCUCCUGGGCAAGCACUGUGGGAACAUCGCCCCGCCCACCAUCAUCUCCUCAGGCUCUGUGUUAUACAUCAAGUUCACCUCAGACUACGCCCGGCAGGGGGCAGGUUUCUCUCUACGCUAUGAGAUCUUCAAAACAGGCUCUGAAGAUUGUUCCAAGAACUUUACAAGCCCCAAUGGGACCAUUGAAUCUCCAGGGUUUCCAGAGAAGUAUCCACACAAUCUGGACUGUACCUUCACCAUCCUGGCCAAACCCAGGAUGGAGAUCAUCCUACAGUUCCUGACCUUUGACCUGGAGCAUGACCCUCUACAAGUGGGGGAAGGAGACUGUAAAUAUGACUGGCUGGACAUCUGGGAUGGCAUUCCACAUGUUGGGCCUCUGAUUGGCAAGUACUGUGGAACAAAAACACCCUCCAAACUCCGCUCGUCCACGGGGAUCCUCUCCUUGACCUUUCACACAGACAUGGCAGUGGCCAAGGAUGGCUUCUCCGCGCGUUACUAUUUGGUCCACCAGGAGCCACCUGAGAACUUUCAGUGCAAUGUCCCUCUGGGAAUGGAGUCUGGCCGGAUUGCUAAUGAACAGAUCAGUGCCUCUUCCACCUUCUCUGAUGGGAGGUGGACUCCUCAACAGAGCCGGCUCCAUGGUGAUGACAAUGGCUGGACACCCAAUUUGGAUUCCAACAAGGAGUAUCUCCAGGUGGACCUGCGCUUCCUAACCAUGCUCACAGCCAUUGCAACACAGGGAGCCAUUUCCAGGGAAACCCAGAAAGGCUACUACGUCAAAUCGUACAAGCUGGAAGUCAGCACAAAUGGUGAAGAUUGGAUGGUCUACCGGCAUGGCAAAAACCACAAGAUAUUCCAAGCGAACAAUGAUGCGACCGAGGUGGUGCUAAACAAGCUCCACAUGCCACUGCUGACUCGGUUCAUCAGGAUCCGCCCGCAGACGUGGCAUUUGGGCAUUGCGCUUCGCCUGGAGCUCUUUGGCUGCCGGGUCACAGAUGCACCCUGCUCCAACAUGCUGGGGAUGCUCUCGGGCCUCAUUGCUGAUACCCAGAUCUCUGCCUCCUCUACCCGAGAGUACCUCUGGAGCCCCAGUGCUGCCCGCCUGGUUAGUAGCCGCUCUGGCUGGUUUCCUCGGAACCCUCAAGCCCAGCCAGGUGAAGAAUGGCUUCAGGUAGACCUGGGGACACCCAAGACAGUGAAAGGGGUCAUCAUCCAGGGAGCCCGAGGAGGAGACAGCAUCACUGCUGUGGAAGCCAGGGCGUUUGUACGCAAGUUCAAAGUCUCCUACAGCCUAAAUGGCAAGGACUGGGAAUAUAUCCAGGACCCCAGGACUCAGCAGACAAAGCUGUUUGAAGGGAACAUGCACUAUGACACCCCUGACAUCCGAAGGUUCGAUCCGGUUCCAGCGCAGUAUGUGCGGGUGUACCCAGAGAGGUGGUCGCCAGCAGGCAUCGGGAUGAGGCUGGAGGUGCUGGGCUGUGACUGGACAGACUCAAAGCCCACAGUGGAGACGCUGGGACCCACCUUGAAGACUGAAGAGACUACCACGCCAUAUCCCAUGGAUGAUGAUGCCACCGAGUGUGGGGAAAACUGCAGCUUUGAGGAUGACAAAGAUUUGCAACUUCCUUCAGGAUUCAACUGCAACUUUGAUUUUCCGGAAGAGACCUGUGGUUGGGUGUACGACCAUGCCAAGUGGCUCCGGAGCACGUGGAUCAGCAGCGCUAACCCCAAUGACAGAACAUUUCCAGAUGACAAGAACUUCUUGAAACUGCAGAGUGAUGGCCGACGAGAGGGCCAGUACGGGCGGCUCAUCAGCCCACCAGUGCACCUGCCCCGAAGCCCUGUGUGCAUGGAGUUCCAGUACCAAGCCAUGGGCGGCCACGGGGUGGCACUGCAGGUGGUUCGGGAAGCCAGCCAGGAAAGCAAACUCCUUUGGGUCAUCCGUGAGGACCAGGGCAGCGAGUGGAAGCACGGGCGCAUUAUCCUGCCCAGCUAUGACAUGGAGUAUCAGAUCGUGUUCGAGGGAGUGAUAGGGAAGGGACGAUCGGGAGAGAUUUCCAUCGAUGACAUUCGGAUAAGCACUGAUGUCCCACUGGAGAACUGCAUGGAACCCAUAUCAGCUUUUGCAGGUGAGGAUUUUAAAGUGGACAUCCCAGAAACCCAUGGGGGAGAGGGCUAUGAAGAUGAGAUUGAUGAUGAAUAUGAAGGAGAUUGGAGCAACUCUUCUUCCUCUACCUCAGGGGCUGGCGACCCCGCAUCUGGCAAAGAAAAGAACUGGCUGUACACCCUAGAUCCCAUUCUGAUCACCAUCAUCGCCAUGAGCUCGCUGGGGGUCCUGCUGGGGGCCACCUGUGCGGGCCUCCUCCUCUACUGCACCUGCUCCUAUUCUGGCCUGAGUUCGAGGAGCUGUACCACACUGGAGAACUACAACUUUGAGCUCUACGAUGGCCUCAAGCACAAGGCCAAGAUCCAUCAUCAGAAGUGCUGCUCGGAGGCAUGACCAAUCGAUUGUGUCUGGAUCGCUUCUGGCGCUUCAUUCCAGUGAGAGGGGCUAGCGAAGAUUACAGUUUUGUUUUUUGUUUUGUUUUUUUUCCCUUUGGAAACUGAAUGCCAUAAUCUGGAUCAAACUUUUCCAGAAUACUGAAGGUAUGGACAGGACAGACAGGCCAGUCUAGGGAGAAAGGGAGAUGCAGCCGUGAAGGGGAUCGUUGCCCACCAGGACUGUGGUGGUCAAGUUAAUGCAGGAACCGGGCCCGUGUUCUCUGCCGGGACGCAGACAGGAGCGCAUCUCUUCGGAGUCACAGUUCUGUUUCCUUUGUGGGUUUGUUAUGAUUAUGAUUGCUAUUGUUUUAUUUUAUUUUAUUUUAUUUUAUUUUAUUUUAUUUUAUUUUAUUUUAUUUUAUUUUUGGUCUGUGAGCAACUCAAAGAGGCAGAAGAGGAUGGCUUAUCCGGUGCAGAAAGUGGAGAGAUCAGCCCUGUUCUCCACAUCUCUUUCUAGUCAACACUUGAAAAGCAAAGGGGCUUUUCAGCCCUUCCAUCCUGAGAAAUGGAACUUAAGAAACAAAAGCCACCCAGCUUAGCUCACCCUCAGAUGGUCUCCCAACUCAAGAGACUUGCUGGGGUGUGUUCGGGUUCCGCCAGCCAACCCUAGGAGCUGCCAUUUCCGGCCCUAGCAUAUUGAAGUAGGAUGUUAUUGCCUUUAGCUUUUUUUAAUCCAGGGGAAGAUUGCCAUUUUAGGGUCAGCUUGAACAAUUCUUUCUUAUUAAGAUUUAAAGUAAAACAUAACAGAAACUUCAUACACAAGAAUCCAUAGACACACCUCUAUGGUUAGACACAGACAAGCCUUAAAAUGCUUUGAUGACUGGGUGCCAUUCCUUAAUCUAGACCCAGAGUUUGUGGCUGUGGGGUGUCCCUUGUAGGGCCUCAGCUGGUGGCUUUGCCUUUUCUUUUCCCUCCUAUUUGUUCUUCUACAACGUAUACAUAUAUUCACAUGCACACAGCAUGCUCAU